AUGACCUUCAAUCCAGCCACCGGAAUACAAAUCACCAACCGCCAGAUUGCACCAUGGAAUCGUAUACCCAAUACAUCUAUCCAGCAUAAACCGCUGAUGAUAUACCAUGGUGCCUUCAACGCCACACCCGCUGAGUUUGAGCGGCGUCUCCAGGCGGUAGGCGUCGUAAAGCCUCAGUGGACGUAUACGAUGUACAGUGAAACCCAUUUUCACUCCACUACCCACGAGGUCCUGGGCGUCGUGGCUGGACGCGCACGACUGUGCUUCGGAGGCGAGGAAAACCCGGAGCGGUUUGAGCCAAUUGUGCAGCGCGGGGAUUUGAUCAUUGUGCCAGCGGGAGUCGGACAUCGAUUAUUGGUUGACGAUGGAGAGGAGCCAUUCCAAAUGAUUGGCUCAUACCCAUAUGGCAAGCAGUGGGAUAUGUGUUACGGGCGAGCGGGCGAAGAGAGCAAAGUCCAGGGCAUUCAAAAGGUGGCAUGGUUUAAUCGAGAUCCGCUCUAUGGAGAUGAUGGCCCUGCCGUGGACAUAUAG